AUGGAUACACAUACCCAUUUAGAAGAUUUAUCAAAUGAGAUUUUCUUCGAAAUAUUUGAUUAUUUACAUGCUCUUACUUCAUUGAAUACACGAAUUUUAUCUAUUCUACAAUCAAUUCCACUUCAUGUUAUCAUCCUAAACAGUCAUUUUGAUCGAGAAAUCUAUUUUCUUUCUUCUCAUCUCACUUUUCUUGCUCAUCAAGUCGUCUCACUAUAUAUUUAUGAUACAAUUCGUGAUCGUUCAUCUAGUAUCAGUUUACUAUUUAAUCAACAUCAAUUUACUAAUCUUCAAUCAUGUAUAUUCAUGUCGGUUAAUCCAUCAACUAAACUUGAAAAUGUUAUUAAACAAGUUGAAAGUUUAAAUAGACUUAUUUCAUUUGCGAUCAAACAACCAAAUGAUAAAAAUAUGAAUGAAAACGACAAAUGGGGUUUAACUCGAACUAUAUUGAUGCACAAGUCAUCUUAUCUUCGUUCAGUUGUGCUUAAAUAUCCUUAUGAUUACGUAGAUGUAUCAAAUUAUAUUUCAAUUGUUUCGAAUACUAAAUCACUUAAUUUGUUAAUAAUAAGAUAUCUACAUACGUUAAUAAAACAUGAAGUUCUAUUUAAAAAUAAUAAUGUAAAUGUUUUAAUUGAAACGCCACCUAUUAAUGAAAAUGGUCUUCCUAUAUCACUACAAAUGACAUCCUUCGAUUUAACAAUUUUUGCUGUAUGUGACAGUCGUGCAAUUGCUUAUAUUUUACGUUGUAUGCAUAAUCUUAUUCGUUUUAAUUUUCUUUAUGCAAGAUGUUGA